GGCGCUGUGAGCUCUGAUAAACUGCUUCACUUCCGGGAUAAUGACGCGAUGAGAUUGUAGCAUCGGCGCCGAACGAAAUCACAUCCCAGGUUUGAUGGGGCCAGAUAGCGCCCCAGGUCCAGCUGUGCCCUGGCAGAAGGUGCUGUGGGAACGCCAGCCCUUCCCUGAUAACUACGUGGAUCAGCGGUUCCUGGAGGAAUUACGGAGGAAUGAGGGCAUCCGGCAGUACCGUUACUGGACUGUAGUGAAAGAAGCUGGCUUUGUAGGACAGCAGCUGUCCUGUGUGGCCAUUUUUAUCACCCUCUGGCUCUACAUGGAGCAGGGUCUGCUGUCCCCUGUGACGCUGCUGUGGACCAGCCUUGUCUGCUCCCUGCUGGGUUAUGGACUGCAUCAGCUCUUGUCUUCUAAUGUUGAAUCAUGCAGCGAGCCCAGGACCCAUCUGGCUGAUUUACAGAGUGCUGCUAUUUUCUUGUCCUUCACGUUUGGCUUCUCGCCAGUUCUUAAGACGCUAACAGAGUCUGUGAGUACGGACACAGUGUACGCCAUGUCUGCUGUGAUGCUGCUGGCCCACUUGGUGUCGUUUCCUUACGCUCAGCCCUCACCUCCUGGCAUCCUCUCCCUGAAUGCUGCCCUGUUUGCCUCAGUGUGUUUAGCCUCGAGGUUACCUGGAGCCCUGCACACCUUCGCCAUGCUCAGCUGUGCCAUGCUGGUGUUUGCCCUGUGGCCCUGCCUGCUGCAGAGGUUGAGGGAGAACGCUCCCAGCCAGUUUACAGGGGUGUGUGUGGGAGUGUGUGUCGGAGGGGUAGGAGGUUUGGGGUCGCAGUCGCCAGGGGGAGCCGUGCUCUUAGCGCUGGCUUUAGGGAGCGUUACACUGCUCUGUCCAUUGCUGCUCGUUUGGCUGCAGAGGCACAAAGACAACAUCCAGGGACCCUGGGAUGAGGCUGAGAUUCACGAGGACCUCAGCCACUUCCUUCGCUAAUCGACAGAGCCAGGACAAACACAGGCUGCUCCUGACAAACUGACAUUUAAGGUGUGAACCAAUGGAGAAUUUUUAUAAGGAUUAAUGUACUGUCAGACCAGUUUUGUUGGUGCUGUACAUCUAAACUGACAACUCUUUCAUUGCUGGUCCAUGUCUGUGUGGACAGCCAUAGCAACACUGACAUUCUCCAGCUGAGAACAUGACGUUUUUAAUGUUAAAGCUGCUACUGUACUGUAACCGUCAACCUCAAAGUGUGUAUGGAUGAUAUCAACUCGUGCAAAGCUGACUAACAUCACAGGACACACUAUGAUGCUAUGCACCAAUCUAAUAUCAGUGAUGUUUGAAUAAUCGGUGGGAAAUGUGCCAUGUUUUAGGGGUUGUUUGUGUUGUAUCUCAAUACAAGGGCUCAAGACAAUUAAAAAUUAAUAGGAUUUUAAGAUUUCAAGAGGUAUUUUAUUAAGGAGAUACAGUGUUUCCUCAUUGUUAUUCAAUGAAAUACCACAGGAAGCUAAUUUGUACCUCCACUGUACUGCAAAAAGCUUACUGUAAUCAUAUUGGAACUAAGGCCUCAUUUUUUACUGUCAGAUGUACUCAUUGGUCAUCUUAUCUGUUUAAAAUUUGGGUCACAAAAUGUUACUUUUUUGAGUUUUGAAGACAUUGGUUUUGUAUAAAAAUCUGUAUUGAGGGCUAAUUUCUUCAACAGUUAAUUAGAAUAACAAAUCCAACUGCUAUGCUUUAAAGUUCUUCUCCAGUCAUUAGUUUAACCCUUAGAAAAGUCCUUUUUGUGUGUAAAACUGCCCUGCGCUACACAAGAGCAACUCGUGAUGUUAGAGUAUUUCAUACUCGAACCAGAAACCAAGACUGUCUCUUAUACCCAUACUAUGUCGUAAAAUUUGCCCUGUAAUCCAAAUCACAUACUUUUUCCUUUUUCUGUGUGUUCUACAGCUGUCCUUAUGCAGUGAAUAUACAAUUGGGAGAUGGGAAUUUGCCAUUGUAUUGUGCCGUUAAGCUUUGACUGUGUGGCUCUUCUGUCGCAGUCUGCAGUGUGAAAUCGCUAGUUUGUGUGGCUCAAGGUUGUAACUCGAACAAGACACUGUAACAUACGUGACGUGUCUUAUAGUGAGCAGAGGACUGUGGCUUGCAUACUGCAAAAUGAGACUAAAUAUAGUUGGAUUUUGUGGUAUUUUUGGCAUAUUGCAUGUUUUUUCUGGCAUACUAUAGUAUGCUAGUACACAACCAUAAUUUAUCCCAAUACAUAGUAUGUCAAAUACAGUCUGUCAAAAAUAUCCUUCUUCAUCCCGUCUUAUUUUACAGCAUUUAGACAAAUAAUGAUACGAAAAUUCCCUCCUUACAAACUGAAAAGAUUGUGUUUUUUUUAGGCUCAUGAUAUAUGAAACCAUGGUACACUGCAGCUUCAAUGUGAAAAUGCUGUGAAUUUUGCUCAUGUUGUGUCCUCUAGCAUAUUAAAAAAACACUACAUGAACACGUUAACAAGAUAAAAACUAGAUUUUCACCAGAGGGGGUCUUUAACAUAGCAGUAUUAGAGUGCUAAUCACCUGCUAUACAGAGCAGAAAGCUGCUGGACUGGGAGUCAAACUGUCAGCCAUGAUGCCUUCAGUCCAAACAACAAUCACAUGGUCAAACACCAGUUGUAAUUUACAAACCUUGCUAAAAAAAAGUUUGCUUCCCUGUCAGAAUGUUAAAAUACUAUUAAUUUAACCUAAAUACCUUGACUAAACUUCAUGGCACUGACCUUCCUUUGUGUUCAGCAUUUGCUGUUCAUGAAACUGGAAUUACUGUUUAUUUUUAAUUUUUGUGUCAAUAUAUUAAAAUGAACUACAUAUCUACA